GCGUACCGAAUGCUAACAUACUUCAUGCGUGCUACGUUCAGAGGCGUUUAUAAAGAACACGUAUUUACUGAAUGGCAAAUGGAAACAGUAAUUCAGUUCAGUUCAAAGCUGUACUCAUUUUAUAGACGGCAAUAGGAUCAUACAGUUGUACUCUCUGUAUACUAUGUUUAAGAGGAUGGCUGAAUUUGGACCAGAUUCGGGGGGAAGGAUGAAGGGGGUGACUAUCGUGAAACCGAUCGUGUUCGGAAACGUUGCACGAUAUUUUGGCAAAAAAAGAGAAGAAGAUGGUCACACUCAUCAAUGGACUGUUUACGUCAAACCAUACAGAAAUGAGGACAUGUCCGCUUAUGUCAAAAAAAUACAAUUUAAACUGCACGAAAGUUAUGGGAACCCUUUAAGAGUGGUUACGAAGCCACCAUAUGAGAUUACAGAGACUGGCUGGGGAGAGUUUGAGAUCAUUAUAAAGAUAUUUUUCACUGAUCCAAAUGAAAGACCAGUCACUCUGUAUCAUCUUCUGAAGCUUUUCCAGUCAGACUCCAGUGCCAUGCCAAAGAAGACCGUUGUAUCCGAGUUCUAUGAUGAGAUGAUAUUUCAAGACCCUACAGCCAUGAUGCAACAGCUUCUAAACACCACCAGACAGCUGACGCUAGGGGCUUACAAACACGAGACGGAGUUUGCAGAGCUGGAAAUACGAACACGAGAAAAACUGGAUGCGGCAAAGAAAAAUACGAGCCAGGAGAUCACAGAGCUUAAGGAACGGUUGAAAGCCUCCAGAGAAAACAUUAACUUCCUCAAAGGAGAGAUACGCAGACUGGAGGAGGAUGACCACCUGAAAGAACAUUAAGAAUUUUUACAACAUCGGAUAACAUCUGUCCUACAGUGCAUGUAGACAUUGAACAUUAAACACCCUUCAGACCUUUGUGUUCUGUUAUGCUUUGUAAAGUUAAAAAAAAAUAAAGAAUAAUACAUAAAGUUGUGAA